AUGGCGGAAUUCGUGCGUGCCCAGAUCUUCGGCACCACCUUUGAGAUCACCAGCCGGUAUACGGAAUUGCAACCGGUGGGAAUGGGUGCCUUCGGACUAGUCUGUUCUGCGAAAGACCAAUUGACCGCCCAGCCGGUCGCUGUCAAGAAGAUCAUGAAGCCCUUCAGCACUCCCGUUCUAUCCAAGCGCACUUAUCGGGAGCUGAAGCUGCUCAAACAUCUCCGCCACGAAAACAUUAUCAGCUUGAGCGAUAUUUUCAUUUCGCCUCUGGAAGACAUUUACUUCGUCACCGAACUUCUUGGUACCGACCUUCACCGACUCCUGACUUCGCGUCCCCUUGAAAAGCAAUUCAUUCAGUACUUCUUAUACCAAAUUUUGCGUGGCUUGAAAUAUGUGCACUCCGCCGGUGUUGUUCACCGGGAUCUCAAACCCAGCAACAUCCUGAUAAAUGAAAACUGCGAUCUCAAAAUUUGCGACUUCGGCCUGGCUCGCAUCCAGGACCCCCAGAUGACCGGUUAUGUCUCAACACGAUACUACCGAGCGCCCGAGAUCAUGCUCACUUGGCAAAAGUAUGAUGUUGAGGUGGAUAUCUGGAGUGCGGGCUGUAUUUUCGCCGAGAUGUUGGAGGGCAAACCCCUCUUCCCCGGAAAGGACCAUGUCAACCAGUUCUCUAUCAUUACUGAGCUGUUGGGCACUCCCCCAGAUGAUGUGAUUCAAACCAUUUGCAGCGAGAAUACCCUGCGAUUUGUCAAGUCUCUACCAAAGCGCGAGCGCCAACCGCUUGCGAAUAAGUUCAAGAACGCUGAUGCCGAUGCGGUUGACCUGCUCGAGAAGAUGCUGGUGUUCAACCCGAAACAGCGAAUUCAAGCCCCCGACGCAUUAGCCCACGAGUACCUGGCCCCCUACCACGACCCCACCGAUGAGCCUGUUGCACAAGAAAAGUUCGAUUGGUCAUUCAAUGAUGCCGAUUUGCCCGUGGAUACUUGGAAGAUUAUGAUGUACUCCGAGAUCCUCGACUUCCACAACAUUGAACAAGGCAACGAGGCCGGUCAGGCUUUGAUGGAAGGCGCAGUACAGGGUAACGACGCUCAGACAUACGCAUAG